CGAAAAUAGCCUGACUCAGCUACCGCGGCACAGUCAAAUUCCGUUAUACCACUUCGAGUACCAUCCUAUGAGGCUCAAGAGAUUUGGGAUUUAGAGAUACAUUUGCGACGUAUUCCGAGAUCUCGGACUGGUCUUCAGUUCAUAAAUUGAGCACCUCUAACUCCAUCUCGAUGAGAAUUCAUAAAGUCUAACUUAUAGAAAUAUAACAUACUCAAUUCCCUUUUCACUUUGCAAUGUCGAGAUCUUCUUUGAGUCCUCAAGCCAAGGCCAUUAUCCACAAGCUACACGGCUUUCAAUAUCCUUCGGUCUAUCCUUAUGUGGAAUGGAUUCUUAUCGUCUGCAGUAUCUUUUACUUCUUAGUGAUUAUCUUGUGUAUCACUAUCUUAGCUGUGCCCUUUAUUAGAGGUCCAAAAGCCAGAGCCAAACAUUCUUGGUUAUGGCGUCGUCACUAUAAGGGCCAUACUAUUGCCUACUUUGUACCUAAUGGAGGAGCAGCUGUGGCCAUUGCUCAAAUCUUCGGAUGUGCACUCUUUGAAGUUUAUAUUUUACUCACUUAUCAAUCUUUACGAUCGGCUAAAUUUGCUCGGCAUCAUUAUCAGUAUCCUUGGCUGACCAUCAGUUAUUCCCCUGGAUACUUUGGGUUUUGGUACUCUGCCUUUGGAGCUUUAUAUACCUGCUUAUUUUCGCCUAGUAGGCCCGAUGCUAAUCGACCUUCCAAAAUUUCUUUUUUGCCAAAUCCUAUCCUUAUGAACACUAUUUGUAUUGGAACACCCAUCGUCACUACUCUUGUAUCCAUUGCUAUGGCUAUUGAAUCAUUUGUCAAGACGCGUCAAAAGAAUGAAGCUUAUGAUGAAGUCAUUUCUCGGUUGUAUGGUGGGAUGGAUCCUAGUCCUGAGCUGGCGCGGUAUUCUGAAGCUGGAAAUCAAUUCAUUGUUCAAUUUCGUUGGGUUUCAUUUGUUUGGACAAUUGCCGCUGCUCUAGCUAUUGUCUUUUAUUGUUUUACGAUUGCACUCUUCCUGAGACUACUAAAAACUACGGUCAAUGUUGCAAAUGGGAAGAAGAGCUUACUUGGAAAGUCUCAAUUAGAUAACCCCUUGGUAGUUGGUCAAGAAGAGAGAAGUGCUGUGCCAGCUCGUGCUCGUUCAAUGAGUGGGGUUCCUGGUGUCGGCGGAAUCAGCUUACCGAUGGCCAAAAACACUCAGGUCGCUGAAAGACUUCGGAAUGAUUAUCGUUAG